AUGCCUGCGAUGGAGUCAUGGCCAGCCAACCCAGGCAAGUCAGCACUUGAUGUGCCGACGGUUUCUGGCGGCAACACAGCAAUGGAGAGAACGUACAAAGUGCGACUGGUUAAGAAAGAAGGUCAGAAAUUGGGACUGGAUGUGGACUACAUGGCAGAGCGCAGCGUUCUCCCGAUCUUGGUCAUCUCUGGAGGGAUUGCAGAGCAGUGGAACAAGCAGCACCCGGAACGAAAAAUGAACACGGGUGAUAGCAUCACCGAAGUGAACGGCAUCAAAGGCAAUGUUGCGCUGAUGCUGGAGAAGUGCAAGGCAGACCAAACGCUGGAGUUGACAGUCUGCAAAUGUCUCACCUACGGACACCUGGUUGCUGACUUGGAGAAGCUGAUGCUGGUGAAGGGAUGCGGCCCCAUUAUGAUCCGCUUGUCAUGGCACGAUGCUGGCGUUUUCAAUGGCUCUGACGGCUGCCCAAAUGCUGCAAUGCGUCUUGCUGGCGGAGGUGAACAUGCCUUCGGCGCAAAUGCUGGCUUGCCACAGGUGGCAAUCCCCCUUCUGCAGGCGAUCAGUGACAAGUACGUGCCGAAGCUGAUCUCCCACUCGGACUUGUGGGCACUGGCAGCGAAUGUUGCCAUCAAGGUAAUGGGAGGGCCUGACAUCGUCACACACUUCGGCCGCAUGGAUGCCCAGUCACCCUCCGAUGGUGCUACGUCUGCGGAGGGACGCCUUCCGGACGGCGACAAAGAUGCUCAGCACCUUCGUGAUAUCUUUCGCCCAAAGGGCUUCUCCGACAAGGACAUUGUGGCUCUGUCUGGUGCACACACUGUGGGGGCCUGCCAUGCAGACCGCUCCGGCUUCGAGGGGCCAUGGACUGCGGACAAGCUCAAGUUUGACAACUCCUAUUUCCAGGACCUCCUCAACAAGAACUGGACCAUGGAGACUGUAAAGUCAGGGAACAAGCAGUACAGGUCUGGCAAGGAGAUGAUGUUGACCACUGACAUGGCCCUCGUUGAGGACCCAAAGUUCAAGGAGUAUGUCAUGAAGUACGCGGCAAACCAGACGGCUUUCUUCGAUGAUUACAAAGAGGCGUGGGUCAAACUGCAGGAGCUUGGAUGCGGCCAGCUGCGUGACAUCCUCUGA